AAAAGAUUAGUAGUUAAUAUUCGGUUAAUUUGCUAAUUAUGAGGGAGAAUUAUAUAGGGUUGCUCCUUCUGUUUUCUCUGCUUGCACUUCAGGGAUCAGCAUUUUAUAUUAAGCCGCCGCCAACAAAAUCUGGUCUUGCUUGUGAUAAUAAUGGAGUUACAGAACAGGAGGGACUAACCUAUGCCUGCAUUAAUAAAAAACUUGUCGAAAUAAAUUCAGCUAAAAUAAAGGCCUAUGAUAAAGAUGCUCACGGAUUAUGGAAAAUACCUUUUAAUUUCAAUGGGGAACAUUGUCUGUUGUCAUGUUUACCUGAUAAAAAUGGACCAAAAGUUUGUGACAAAGCGUGUUUAAAAAUAAUUGACAUAACAGCGCAUGAACAAGAUUCAAAACAUAAACCUCCACCCGGCGUUCCGGAUUAUGGACAAAAUGAGACAAAUCCUGCUUGUCCUGUGUGUAAGUGUGAUGGAGAUAGUAACGAUGGUGGCGAUGAUGAUGGUUAUAAUGAUGGUGAUGACGAUCAUAAUGAUGAUCCCGGUAGUGGCGAUGACGAUGGUGAUGGCAGUGGUAGCGGUAGUGGUGACGAUGAUAACGAUGGUGAUAAUGAUGAUGAAGGUGAAUCUAGCGGAGACGGUGAGUCCAAUGGAAGCGAUGAAAAUGACGAUUCCAGCGGAGACAGCGAUGAGAAUGAUGGAUCAAAUGAAGGUGACGGCAAUGAAAGUGGAGGUAAUGAAGAUGAUCCCGUUGAUGAUGACAGUCACGGAAGUGGUGAUGGAAAUGACGGUGAUAGUGGAAGUGGCGAAGGUGGCAACGGCGACAAUGAUGAUCAAGGCGGUAAUGACAGCAGUGGCAGCGGUGAUUCCAAUGGAAGCGAUGAAAACGACGAUUCCAGCGGAGACAGCGGCGAGAAUGAUGGAUCAAAUGAAGGUGACGGCAACGGAAGUGGAGGUCAUGACGAUGAUUCUGGUGAUCAUGAAAGUGGUGAUAAUGACGGCCAUGGAAGUGGUGAUGGAAAUGAUGGCGAUAGUGGAAGUGGCGACGAUGGCAGUGGCGAUGAUGGCGAUAACGAUGGUGAUGGCAACAAUGAUGGCAGUGGUAGCGGUGGUGAUGAUGAUNCAGUAACGAUAACGAGAAUACACAACAACAGUAACGAUAACGAGAAUAGUAACGAACACAACAACAGUAACGAUAACGAGAAUAGUAACGAACACAACAACAGUAACGAUAACGAGAAUAGUAACGAACACAACAACAGUAACGAUAACGAGAAUAGUAACGAACACAACAACAGUAACGAUAACGAGAAUAGUAACGAACACAACAACAGUAACGAUAACGAGAAUAGUAACGAACACAACAACAGUAACGAUAACGAGAAUAGUAACGAACACAACAACAGUAACGAUAACGAGAAUAGUAACGAACACAACAACAGUAACGAUAACGAGAAUAGUAACGAACACAACAACAGUAACGAUAACGAGAAUAGUAACGAACACAACAACAGUAACGAUAACGAGAAUAGUAACGAACACAACAACAGUAACGAUAACGAGAAUAGUAACGAACACGACAGCAGUAACGAAAACCACAGCAGUAACGAUAACGAGAAUAGUAACGAACACGAUAGCAGUAACGAAAACCACAGCAGUCACGAUAACGAAAAUAGUAACGAACACGACAGCAGUAGCGAUAAUCACAGCAGUAACGAUAAUCAUGGCAGUAACGAAAACCAUAGUAGUAACGAUAACGAGAACAGUAACGAAAACGACAGCGGUAGCGAUAACCACAGCAGUAAUGAUAAUCACAGCAGUAACGAUAAUCACAGCAGUAAUGAAAACCAUAGCAGUAAUGAUAACGAAAACAGUAACGAAAGCGACAGCAGUAACGAAAACCACAGCAGUAACGAUAAUCACAGCAGUAAUGAAAACCACAGCAGUAAUGAUAACGAAAACAGUAACGAAAGCGACAGCAGUAAUGAAAACCACAGCAGUAACGAUAGCAACAGCAGUAAGGAUAGCCACAGCAGUAAGGAUAGCCACAGCAGUAAGGAUAGUGACGGCAGUAACGAAAGCGAUAGCAGUAACGAAAACCACAGCAGUAACGAUAGCAACAGCAGCAAGGAUAGCCACAGUAGUAAGGAUAGUGACAGCAGUAACGAAAACGAUAGCGAUAGCAAUAGCAGCGACUAA